GUGUUCCGGGAUCUGUGCCUGGCCUGUGCGGAAAGCACCUGCCUCCCACGUGGCCUCACCCAACCAGAGGGGAUUUCCGGCGACUCUCCAGCCGGCCUUUCAAGGAAAAUGAAAGUGAAAGGGAGAAGUGGAGGUUUCAGAGCUGAGCAGAUCGCUGCGCCAUGAAGCCCCUGUCUCUGCUCCUCUCCAUGGCUUUGGGCUUGGUGACCGCCGUCUCGGCGGGACCCGCGGUGAUAGAGUGCUGGAUGGUGGAGGACGCGGGCGGGGGCCGCCUGACCAAGAAACCCGCCGCACUGCUGCUGCGCCAGGGCCCAGGGAGACUACCUCCCCGGCCGGACCUCGAACCCGAGCUCUACCUCAAAGUGCGCGACCCCGCGGGAGCCCUGCAGGCUGCCUUCAGGCGGUACCCCUCGGACGCCCCUGCGCCACACUGCGAGAUGAGCCGCUACCUCCCGCUCCCUGCCUCAGCGAAUUGGGCCAGUGGCUUGACCCCGGAGCAGAGCUGCCCUCGGGCCCUGGAUGGGACUUGGCUCAUGGUCAGCGUGUCCAGCCCGAUCUUAAGUCUCUCCAGCUUCCUGAGACCAGAGUCCGAGCCUCAGCCGGAACCUAAUCUCAUCACCAUGGUAACAGCUGUGCUGACUGUCCUCACCCACACCCCCACCCCUCGGAUCCGACUGGGACAAGAUGCUCUGCUGGACUUGAAGUUUGCCUACAUGCCCCCCACCUCUGAGGCCGCAACAUCUCUGGCCCCAGGUCCCCCUCCCUUUGGGCUGGAGUGGCGACGCCAGCACCUGGGCAAAGGGCACCUACUCCUGGCUGCAACGCCUGGGCUGAGUGAGCAAAUGCCACCUGCCCAAGAGGGGGCAGUGGCAUUUGCUGCUUGGGAUGAUGAUGAGCCGUGGGGUCCGUGGACUGGAAAUGGGACCCUCUGGCUGCCUGCAGUGCAGCCCUUCCAGGAGGGCACCUAUCUGGCCACUGUACACCUGCCAUACCUGCAAGGGCAGGUCGCUCUGGAGCUUGCUGUACAGAAGCCACCCAAAGUAUCCCUGACACCGGCACCUCUUGUAUGGGCUACUCGGGGGGAGGCACCCCCCCAGUUGCAAUGCCUCGUGUCCCACUUCUAUCCCUCUGAGGGUCUGGAAGUGGAGUGGGAGCUCCGGGGUGGCCCAGAGGGCAGCUUUCAGAAGGCUGAGGGGCAGAAGUGGCUCUCUGCCCUGCUCCACCACUCAGAUGGCACCGUCAGCCUCUCCGCGCACCUGCAGCCGGUCCCCAUAACUGCCGAGCAUCAUGGGGCACGCUAUGCCUGUCGUGUCCACCACCCCACCCUGCCGGCCUUGGGGCGCAGCGCAGAGGUCACCCUGGAGGUGGCAGGUCUGUCUGGGCCCACCCUGGAGGAUGGUGUAGGCCUCUUCCUGUCUGCCUUUCUCCUCCUCGGGCUCAUCAAAGCACUGGGCUGGGCUGCUGCCUACAUGUGUACUUCGAAGGAUUCAAAGGAGAAGAAAGCCCAGUGAGAACACUCACCACCAUCCUGGGGAAGCCACCGUCAUCUCUGGCUUGAGCUACUGUACUAGCUCCACCAAAUAGUACACCAUCAUCUGCUCAUGCUCCCUCCAACCUCUCUCUCUCCAAGGAGCGGCUGGAAUGCUUUUUUUAAAGGACACAAAUCUACAGCAUUUCCCUUCUUAGAGCUCUAAGGCAGUGGUUCUCGAUUUUUGUUGUUGUUGUUUUUCAUCUCCGGACCACUUAAAAACGGUCAGGAACUCUAAAGAAUCUUUGCUUAUGUGGGUUAUAAACUAGAUAUUAAUGAUACUAGAACUUAAAACUGAGAAAAAUUUAACACAAGAACACAUAAGCACGCAUUCCAUUAGCUGUGAGGACGAUGAGGUCAAUACUCAGCUGCUGGGAAACUCCACAGUACAUUGUUUUUAGAGAAUGAGAAUGAAAAAGGCAAGUAACAUUUUAGUAUUGUUAUGAAUAGCCUUAAUUUCAUAAACCCACUGAAACAGUCUCCAGGACCACUGGGACAGGCGUCACAUUUGGGGAACCAGUGCUCUAGAAGCUAAAUCCGUUCUUGUCCUGGCCUGUGCAUCUCCCACGUUGGAGCCACUGCUUGCCUCUUCAACCCCACCUCUGCCCUCCAGCCCUCCCCUCAAUGUUCACCACACCGAUGGCUAUUCCUUUUCUCCAACGGCUCCCACCUUCCCUGGUCUGUUCCCUUUGUCUGUUCUGCCCUCGCCCUCUCUGGGCUCCAGGACAGCCUCGUUAUUCCCUCAGACCGCUGCGUGUUCCUCCUGUGCGGUUCAUCAGUUGUAUUUAAGUGAUUGUACGAGUCGUUGUUAAAUGCCUGUCUCCCUUUCCGGACCGUCGGCUCCUCAAAGGCAAGGACGUGCCGGUCUGUCCACUGCUGUGUCCCCGCUGCGGCACAGGGCCGGGCGCCCACUGGAGGGCGCUCAUCAGAAGAAAUUAGUCUUUUUUACAUUCUAAGUAUUGAACAGCAAGUGUUGGGUCAGGUAACUACUGGACGAAGGAAGCGGCGGCUUGGCCUAGGGACGUCCGAGGGGCAGGACAGUCGGCCAGGCCGCUGGAAUAAAGUUAUGCUCUGGUGCUCCCAA